UUUAGCCCAUCUUGCUAGUAAGUCAGUGUCACCGCACUAUUUUUAUAUUGACAGAACUUGUUUUUGUGACAUUUGUGUCAAUUGUUUUCAGUGGAGUAUUUUUAGUAAAUUAAUGAAUUAAAUCGUUUUUGUAUCACUUUACCACGUAUUGAGGCAUAUUUGCCAUUAUCUUUACGCUGCAAUUUACAAAUAUGGAUACCGAUAACGUAGCGAAGCAAGCAGAGGAAGUAGAAGCAUUAAGCUCAAUUUACGGUGAUGAUUGGAUGACUGAAAGCGCAGAAACGAGGUCGUAUAGAAUUAAAAUCGAAGAAAAUAAAAAUGACGUUCUUUUGUAUGUGACCUUACCCGAAAACUACCCUAGCCAGUCGCCACCCAAAUAUGAACUAUCCGCUCCAUGGAUGGACAGAAAGUCCAAGGAGAAACUUCAUGCUGCCUUAGAUGAAGUUUAUCUGGAAAAUAUUGGUGAAAUGGUACUAUUCCAAUGGGUUGAGAAGAUAAGAGAAUAUCUGCAGACAUUCAAACCUGCUGCGGUUGAGAAAAUUGAACCUAAAUCACCUGCCGUGGAGUCUUUGGAUUUAGCCCUGUUGGACAUCAACUGCCCGGACAUCACACAUGGUGAAGUGAUAGCUGACAGGAAAAGCACUUUCCAGGGCCAUGCAGCUGAGGUCCACAGUAUAGAAGAUGUCAACGCAGUCUUAACAAAGCUAAAACAGAACAAAAAGAUACUAAACGCGACACACAACAUGUACGCUUAUCGUAUUGAACGGAAGACGGCUAAAGGCACGAGUAUACUGCAGGAUUGUGACGACGACGGGGAGGCUCACGCUGGGGGAAGGAUGCUGCAUCUUCUACAGAUACUGGACCAGAAGAACACAUUGGUUGUUGUCUCGCGAUGGUACGGUGGCAUCCAACUAGGCCCAGACAGAUUUCGGCACAUAAACAACGCGACAAGACAAGUGAUACAGCAAGCGGGCUUGUUAAAGAAAUGACCAUAUGUGCUAUAACAAAUAAGUGUUCCCUCUAAUUGUUGUUCUAUGUAAAUAAAGUCAUGGAGACUGAUUUUAAUAAAUUUAAACUGUUAUUGUAAAGUGGAUAUACUGUACUAUAAUUCUGACUGCAAAUCUAAAUGAACAUUUUUGAACGAAUUUCUUUCCUAACCGUAUAUAGCAUGAAGUUGCAUACAAUUCGCUAAAUAAAAUGGCGGCUUGACAGUUCUUCAUAUUUAAUCGCUUGGUGUUUUAUUAAUGUACUGCCUAAUAUAAAUUAUUACAAUGCAAAAUAAGGGAUAUGUCAUUCCCAAUAAAGUUCAAUUUCUUUGAUCAAUUUAAUAUUGUGUUAGAGUCAGCAUAAAUUAAUACUUACCAUGGUAGAUAGUGGAAAUUGAAAUCCCAUGACAAUCAAAAAAUUACCUUACGUCUUAUUGUAGACAGUUGAUAUUAGCAUAAAAUUGUAUGGGCUAAUUUGACUAAUUUGAGGUGUUAUAGCUAUUUCAGCUGUAUGUUAAAAACAUAAAGUUGUUUUUACAUUGUAUGAGAACUCUAUUUUUCUUAGCCGCAAAUGACUCCGCCAGCGCUAACCCAAGGCCAAUGAAAUUAUAAAUCUCAACACUUAUCAAUAAGUAAUUGGCAUUUUAUAAAUAGUCCUGCUAUUUACACUUUGAAUAGUUUACAAAACACUUGUCACUUGUCGAUAAAGUUUUUAAAAAAUAUGUAAAUAAAUUAUAAUGUAUGCGGUAUUAAUUAUGUCUUCAAACUCCACUAAGAAAACUAAUAUGGAAGAUUGUUUUUUUUUUAUAGAAACAUGAUGUCUGUAGUGUUAUUAAUUUUUCGAUAUCAGUAAAUACAUAACGUAUUUUGUAUAUUUUUUGUGAAAGUUUUUUUACUCUAGCACUAAUUAUACGACACUAGUCACUUAUAAUUUUUUAUAUGUUAAUAAAUGUUUUUUUCAAUCAAAAAAUAUUACUCAAAAUUAUCUGACUAAAUGAACUAUUACUUUAGGUGGGUAACUACGCGCGAUUUUUGAGCAAAAUAUACAUAGAUAUAUGUAAACACUAUCUAGCAGUAAAAUAUCUAUUUGAAUCAUGAGAAAUGUGUUACCAAUUUUCAAACGUGUAAAUUAAGUUUAGUUUUUUUACUAUGUAGUUUUUAUAAUUGAACUAUAUAACUAUAUAUAUUGAACUAUUAUCUAAAUUGUUAAAGCAUUAAUAAUGUAGGUAGUAAUUGUACGCAAAAAUAUGCAUUAUUAAUAUAAAUAUGCAUAUUUUUUGCCAAUAAGAAAACAUAAGUGGUAUAUCACUUCAAUAUUUCAACUAUUGUUUUAUAUAGAAGUUUGAAAGGACAGGCAUACUUGUCAACUUCUGUCCCCUAACUAUCUUGUAAAUCUGUAAAUCCAGACGAAACAUUUUAAGCUAUAUUACAUUUGAUGUAGAGUUCAAAAUGUCUUAAAAUGGAUGUUAAGUAUAUAGUUGUCUUUGUUGUUAUGCAAUUGUUAGUUUAGAUCCAUUUAAUUAAUUGCUCAAUGUAACAUAUUUUUCUAUGAUAAUUGUUAUUUGAAACUGUAGCUACCCAAAAUAGGUAGGCACCCAGUUAAUUACCUUAUUCCGAAGAUUUAGAUAUCAGAAGGGUAUUUGACUCGCUUCUGUUUUUUACAUAUAUAUCAAAUAUUUACCUCAUAUAAAUUCUAGUACAAAAAGAUUGAUCAAAAUCCGUUAAAAAGUCAUGACCAUUCACGUGCCUUUGAAUUUUGGUAGAAGGGGUAAGUGUCAAGGAAUGAGAAAAGAGGCGCAAUACGCGCACGUGACGUCAUCGGGAAUUACGAUGCGUAUGAAAGAAUGAGACGGAGCGAUAUCCACACUACGCCCAGACUACGGCACAUAACAAUAUUUGAAAUAUGAAUUAUUGCCUCAUUUAUUAAUCAAUUUUAAUGCUGUUAACAAAAGGUUUUCGUUCAUGCUAUUUAUUAUAUUUAGGACAUUGUAUAAAAUCAAUCAUAGCCAAAUAAUUCAUUCAGUGUUUUAACAGAUUAUAAUAUGAAACAUAUUAAAAAAAAAUAAGUGUUUUUGAAACAUCAUUAAACAAUUGACAAGCGUGCAAUAAAUACCACCAUCAGCGUAACUAGACCUUGGUGUAUGAUCCCUUAUAUGUAGUGUCAAACCGAAGAUGGUUAUUUUAUCCGAAGCCGAAGCUUCGGACUUCUUAUCUAUAGUAAUAUGUCUAGUUUUAAGUAAUCUGUCAAUGGAAUGGUGCGUAGAACACAAUGUUAUUUGUAAUAAAACAAGUUAAAAUAA